AUGACAUUUAUAAUUACUUCACCCUUGGAAGGCCAAGCUGUUGAUAUUCGACCUCCUCUUCUUGUCCCGCUUUUGCGGGCCGCUCUCGAAAGAGACGAAGGGAUGAUGGAGCGGUGGAUGAGAGGCCGUUCCUUGUACACUGCGGUGGAAGAAUGCUUGGCAGAGCUCCAACCCCUACGGAGAAUGCACUCCACGGAAAACUUACACGAAACUUUAUCUCCCCCAGUCAUCGGGUUUAUAGAACUUAGAUUUAUAUGGAAACCUCGAAAACGUCGCGGCGGUGAGGAUGAGGAUACGGCGUUAAAUGCCGCCGCCGUCAGUUGUUUUUCUUUUAUUAAUUAUACGACUCCGGCUUUAUCCAGUUCGACGUCGGACAACGACGAUCUGACGAACAGCAUCGAAGACGAGGGCGAAGAGGGCGAAGAAGAAGACGAGGAGGAGUCGCUCGUGUUAGACGAGGACGACUUUACGACACACGGAUUAGCGAGACUUAGCUCGGCUGCUACAUGUCUCGUCGCCGGGGUCGAAUACACACAUGGGCAACAGAUAUAUCGUAGAGACCAAUGUGAAUUCUGCCUAUGUCUCGAUGGAGAAAUGUUUUGCUGGUGGCAGGAAUGCCCACCCACAAUGGAAGGCCCAUGCAGAGAUCUUAGUCCUUUCUCACCGUGCUUAAGCGUUCCGGCUAACCCACAGGCUUUCCCGUUGUCUUCUUCGUCGAUGUCGUCGUCGUCAAUAGUGUCAGAAAUAACCACGAAGACGAACGUGGCCAGUUCUUCCAGCGUAUUAAGCAAAACUUCCACCAAAACGGGAUCUUCCACGAAAUCCCCAGUAUUUUCGUCGUCCGCUACCGAAAAAAUCGCGACAGAUACUUCAAGUCGGCCACCAGAGAGCAGUACUCUUAAAGACAGCAAAUUGUGCAUUGUAAUGGGAAGGGAAUACCAGAUAGGCGAUAAACUGCCCCACGACACCGGCAAUUGCUUGGAGUGCAUCUGCGGCCAAGGGGCGAAGGUCACUUGCUCCCCACACCAAUGCACUCCUGUCGAGGACGACAUGAACGAUUACCACAUGGCCGGGGCCAGACAACCGGCCCCCGAUAUAUUUUAAGGCCUUUUUUCUUCUCUUACUAGAUGAUAAUUUAAUUACUUUUUUAAAGGGAGAUCGGGUAGAACGUUGAAAAUAAUUUAUAUGGAAAAGGGAAUUUUUGUUGACAAACAAAUAAACGGAGCCGCCAGAAUAAGGUUUGACUCCAUUGGCAUGGAAAGGAGUUAAAAAAACAAAAGAUACAAAAUGGGGAUAUUGGGAAGUUAUGCACAAUAAGAGCCAGUUCACAUGAGAGGCCUUUAAGGCUCGUUUUGAUAACGCGCGAUUACAACUACAUAUAUUUUACUUGGGGCCGUUCACAUACCAACGAUCGUUUUAAUGACCAAAAACGCGCAUUAACAUGUGAACAGUCUCAAGUAAAUUGUAUGUUAUUAAAACGAGCGUUAAGUGCCUGUCAUGUGAACGAGCUCUAAAGGAUGAUAACGCGUCAGUCAAUUAGUCCCGGGCCUAAUAAGUAAAACAAUAUUUUCUUGAAAAAAUUAUUGUUUCUUCAUCAAAAUAAUCUCUUUGGUGGCGACUCAAUCAUUCCAAGUCUUUUUCAAAACGAUUUAUUUAUCUUUGUCUUUAAACUAGAAUUCAGUGGUGAUCGUUAUCGUUCUAUUACUUUCUAAUAGAAUGAUAUCUCUUGCCAGGGAGCAUUUCUUUAAAUUGGAAAAAGGUGGUAAUUUCUGGGUGCCAGGUCUGGACUACACGGUGGAUGCGGAAGCAAUUUCAAGCUCAAUUUGUGCAUUUUUGCCAACGGUGUAUUGUCUUGGUGAAACAACAAUUUUUUCUUCGACAACUCAACCCUUGCUUUUACGAUAUAGGUCUUCAAACGGUCCAAUAAAUCAACAUAGUAAUCGCUGUUGAGUGUUUCUCCAUGUUUAAAAUAGCUAUUGAAAAUAAUUUAUUGCGGAUCCCAAAACACAGUUUGGGUUUGCCGUAUGUUGCGUCUUUGCAAUUUUCUCCGGAUGACGUCCACUCAAAUGGCUGUCGAUGUAAUUCGGGAGUGAAGUGAUGGAUUCAUGUUUCAUCCAUUGUAACAUUACGACGCAAAAACUACAACUUAUUCCGAAUAAACGUAUCCAAACAGCGCCGAGAUACAUCAAUUCCUUCUUGUGUUUUAUGGUGUGAGAAAACGCUGCACCCAUUUGGAAAACAGCAUUCUCAUACCCAAAUGUUCAUGUAUUAUAAUAAAAAUGUUCCCCCUUUAAGUAUCAGAGAGAACUUUAGAGUGUCAGUUAUCUCUUGAAACUCCACUUUGCGGUUUUCUAUACUUAAUAAUUUUCUUGGUUAUUGCUUAUGUUUCUUUUUGAAUCCGUUGUUUAUAAAAAUCUUGAAAAUAACGUCAUGUCACUUCAAACACCUUAACUCGGUAAAUACCAGUUAAUAAUAAUAAUAAGAUUAGGACUACCGAAAUGUCAAAUGAAAAAGUCAUGAUGAUGACUAUAACAGUCGUCAUGGUUACGCCCGGCACUUAUUGACCGACAUAUUAAAAGAAAAUAAAUCACAAAAGAAAAUAACUUUUGCCGAAAUAAAACAAGUCUGUCGUGUAUAUUCCUAUAUCCAAAAUAGAUUAUAAACCAUAUUUGCUAAAAUAUCAUCUAGUAUGAAUAUGUUAAUUUCACAGUUAUAACCAAAGUAUUUUUUUAUUUCUAUUUUAAUAGAAUUUUUAUGUGUUUUUUCUUUUAUUUUUAAUUUGCUUUAUUACCUCUCAUUUUUGUUUUUUCCGUAUGAGCGAUUUCAGAUAAAAUUAACAGUUUAUCGAAUGUGUAGAGUCCGGAAAACAGAGAAGAUACGGAACAUAAAAAUAGAACUGCUGAAAUAUGAAGACGCAGGAAUGGUAUCCGUUAAUAUAUGAGUGCUGUUCAAUAAAAUCGAAGCAGGAGGGUAGACUCCAAUUGAGUGGGAGCUAUCAUACAUAUGUCCUCCAUUUUCAAAAAAGAUGAUAAAAGUUCAUCAAGUAAUCAGUGAAAUACUUUUAUAACCAUAAUAUUUUCCACACUUAUAAAAGAAAAAAUAAAUAGAACAGCACAUGGACCGUUAUGGCGAAGAACAAGCCGGAUUCCGAAAAGCCAGAUUAUCUCUAGACAAUACAUAUAGGCUAUUGAUUAUGUACUAUAGAAAGGAACUACAACGUUAACGGGGUUGUAUUAUUUCA